AAAAUAGUCUAUGGCGAACCAAGGAGAUGCAGGGUGUGAAUGUGUGGAAGAAUGCUGGCAACACUUGUUUGAAGACUCUCCACGUUUAGAGGAUUUGUUGCUGUUGAAUAUCAAUGAUCAACUUGAUCAUGGCCCUGAUGACUUAACUGAAAAUUUCCUUCCGAGAAAUCAUAUAAACGAAGGGAAUCAGGAUGAAGCCGGAGAUGAAACCGGAAAGAUCCGGAGUAAUUGCAAAGACCAAGGAAGUCAAAAUGGUCCCCGGGAAGAUGGUCUCCCAAUUAUAUUGGAAUUUCCAGAGCUGACCCCGACGCCGAUACAUGAAGGCAGUCAGGCUGCACCGAGAACAGAGGUGCUGGUGAAUCAGACGGGCGCUGGAAUCGAGCAACAAUUAGGCCAACCUGCAGCAGUACCCACUGUGGAUUCUCUUUCCACAAGAAAUAUGGGUGAGAUGAGUGCAGAAGCGCAGAAACGGGCCAAACGGCUUGCCAGAAAAAGAGAGUGCGAUCGAAAUUAUAGGCAGAGGAAAAAGGUGUAUAAGUGUAAAUAUCUUCAUUAUCAUUACAUUUUUAGUGGUAGUACUAUUUUAUGGGUGUGGGUCUAUUUAUUUUUUCGGCCACUGUGAGUGUGGGUCUUGAAUCUGACUUAUUAUGCAAUGUUUAGGAAAAGAGACAGAAACUUCAGGAAGAAGUUCAGGAAAAAGAAAAGCAAAUUAAGUCUAUGGAGGCAUUUGCUGUAAUACGAGAAUUAAGGGCUGAAAAUCAACUUCGAAAUAAGUCGGAGUACAAUGGGCAACUAAAUGUAAGUCAGCCACUUGCUGAAAAUUUUGAUUUUUUGCUGUCAAAUUUAACAUCAUUUGGCGCUAUUCAAACACUUUUAACCGUCUAUACUCUGAAUGAAUUUUAUUUAUUUAU